AUGACUAAGUUAGAAGAAAGAAGGUUGAGGAAGACGAAGUACUUAUCCAAUAGAAAAGCGAUGGAAAGUCAGGCAGACACAGAUAGUGACAUAAAGCACAAUAUGUUAGAAACGAUCCGGGCUAUAUUGAUUGUAAGAAGAAGGAAUGUACCUUGUGUUUUAGCAAAAUCUAGCAUACUCGAGUUUGCAAAUUCACACAAGCCAUUGUAUGGACAUCUCUCUAGCGUUGAUUCCACAGGAACAUCAAUGAGAUUGACGUGGGUUAGCGGAGACAAAAAUCCACAACAAGUUGAAUACGCAAAUGGGAAAUCACAAACAUCUCGUGUUACUACAUUUUCCAAAGAAAACAUGUGCACUUCUAAGCUACCAAGCCCUGCAAAAGAUUUUGGCUGGCAUGAUCCAGGAUACAUUCAUUCGGCGGUGAUGAUUGGACUCAAGCCUUCAACGGGGUUCUCCUAUAGAUAUGGAAGCAAUUCGGUGGGUUGGAGUGCAAGAAUCAACUUUAAGACUCCACCUAGUGGUGGAUCAGAUGAACUAAAGUUUCUAGCAUUUGGUGAUAUGGGCAAGGCCCCACGUGAUGCUUCUCUUGAACAUUAUAUUCAGCCUGGAUCAUUAAGGGUCGUGCAAGCCAUGGCUGAUGAAGUCUCAUCCGGGAAUGCAGAUUCCAUAUUCCACAUCGGCGACAUAAGUUAUGCCACAGGUUUUCUAGUAGAAUGGGAUUUCUUCCUUCACCUUAUUAGCCCUUUGGCAUCAAAACUAUCUUACAUGACUGCAAUUGGAAAUCAUGAAAGGGAUUAUGUGAAUUCUGGCUCAUUAUACAUCACACCCGACUCUGGAGGAGAAUGUGGUGUACCUUAUGAGAGUUAUUUCCCAAUGCCAACACCAGCAAAAGAUAAGCCAUGGUACUCAAUCGAACAAGGAAGUGUGCAUUUUCUAGUUAUUUCAACUGAGCAUGAUUUCUCUAAAAGUUCAGAGCAGGUUCAAUACUGAUGCUUUAUGAGUCAAAACAAAUAAACCAUUGUUUGUGAUUAUUGAGAUAUGCAUUACCCAUGUUAGUAUCAAUGGAUGAGCAAAGACAUGGCAUCGGUGGAUCGAUCAAGAACUCCAUGG